AUGAAUAAAGACAUCAGUGGACUCAAUGAGGUGACUCAGGAGUUCUACCGACUUCAAAGAGAGCAGAUCAUGCUCAAGCUCUGCAAACGAUCAAGAGCUGCAGCCAAACAAGCUAGAGUACCAUCAACUCAAGCGAGCUGCAGCACUCCGAUUGAGUUGAUGCUCUCCUCAAGCAACACUUAA